AGCAUAGUCAUUCUUGGAAAGUCCUAACACAACCUUCACUCGAGAGCCCAUAAUUUCCUUUCUUCGCACAACAAUCGGUGCGAGUCGUGGAACAGCAAAAUGGCAGAGGAAUUACAAGGCAACGAUACUCCGAAAGAAGAACCCAUGGAUGUAGCUGUUGGUAUAGAGACGAAGAUUCAUAACGCUAUGCGCUCUCGCAUCUCUCACUUCAAGGAACAAGCCGACUCUUUGACAUUUGAGGGGGUUAGAAGGUUGUUGGAAAAGGACUUGUGUAUGGAGACGUAUACUUUAGAUGUACACAAAAGAUACGUCAAGCAGUGUUUGGUGAAGUGCUUAGAAGCUGAUUUGGAAGACAAUGUAUCCAAGGAUUCUGAGUUGACAGGGAGGAAAAGUGUAAAUAAAGAAGAAGCGCCUGAAUCACCUGAAGGGCAUCAGUCCAAGAAAGGUGCAAAGGAACCUUGCUUGGAAGAUGAGGAAAAAAUGGAGGACUCUCCAGUUAUGGGCCUUCUCACAGGACGUAGCACAAAAAAUGUUGAAUCUGAUGGAAUCAAAGGAAUCAAAGGCAAAGAUGACAAAGAUGUUCCUAGUGAGAGUACAAUUAUGAAAGCGAUUAGAAAAAGAACUUCUUAUCUUAAAGCUAAUUCAGAGAAAGUUACUAUGGCUGGAGUUCGCCGCCUUCUGGAGGAUGACCUUAAACUCACUAAAAAUGUUCUUGACAGUUGUAAGAAGUUUAUAAGCCAACAAGUAGAGGAGAUAUUGACUUCUUGUGAAGCUGCUGAACAAGUUUCUAAUUUGAAAUCUCCGAAAAAGAUCAGCAAAGAAAGCUCUUAUUCUACUGAAGGGAGCAGCAGUGAGGAGGAAAACGAUGAGGUAAACCCUGGAAAGACAAAUGCAACUAAAGGAAGAAUACCGGACUCUAAUGAAACAAAAAAGCGGAAAAGGUCUACAAAGAAGACUGUCUCUGCCCAGAAGCAAAGCAAGCAUGUCCAGGAUACAUCAGAUGAGGAUAGUGAUGAAGGUGGUGGAAAUGUCUCUGAAGAUGGUCGAUCUGGUUCAUCUAAUGAAAAACCUGUGAAGAAGGAAGUUUCAAGUUCCACUCCUGUCUAUGGCAAGCGUGUUGAGCACUUGAAAUCUGUUAUCAAAUCAUGUGGGAUGAGUGUUCCUCCAUCGAUUUAUAAGAAAGUCAAGCAGGCACCUGAAAGCAAACGUGAAUCACAACUUAUAAAGGAGUUGGAGGGGAUACUAUCCAGAGAAGGACUAUCUGCUAAUUCCACGGAAAAAGAAAUUAAGGAGGUCAAAAAGAAGAAGGAAAGGGCCAAAGAACUUGAAGGCAUCGACUUAAGUAAUAUUGUCUCAAGUUCACGUAGAAGAUCAACAACCAGUUAUGUUGCACCACCUCCAAAACCGAAAAUACCAGUUAAAACCGAUGGCGAUGAUGCAGAUGAGGAGGAGGAUGAUGAAGAAGAAGACGAGGAAGAAGAGGACGGUGAGGAAGAGGAUAAUGGCGAUGUUGAUGAAAGCCAAGGUGAAGAAUUUAACGAGGAUGACAAUGAAGACAGUGAUUGAAACAGGAAAAGCAUCCAAGAUUCUGGCAUCUGAUCCUUGAUCAACGUUGAAACGAUCCAGUGUAAACUAAUUCUCUAUGUAGUUCCCUUAUCUCUUAGUUUUAUUGAAGAGCUUGUAUUGAGCGAUGUUAGAGCUAUAUAUCUAGGAGAUUGGACGUAGUGUUAUUGUACAAUAUUUUUUACUCUUCAUGAUAAAGACAAAUUAAAGAACACCUAUAUAAUUUUGAUUUAUCCUUCGUUUCAAA